AACCAUUGUGUAAGCGGCUCCGUCGGCGCCAGGUUUCUGCUGUCAGGCUCUUGGUGGUAUUUAAUCUAUAUUGCUCUCUAUCGCUCUCACUUCUUUUUGUACUCGAAUUUUUUUCAUCGUUAUGGUCCAGCUUUGACGUUAAAUCGCUAGCUCUGACACAGCUGGCCAGGUAUGCUUAUGCUUUCACGUAGACUUCUUGGGGGAUAGGCGAUCCUGCUUCAACGGGGAUCCCCCAUCUUAAGCAGCCCGAAGAUACAUUUUUCUGCCAACAUCAAGAAGCUUGUUUCUGCCCCCAGUAUUCUCUGUGCCUGUGGUCAGCUAUGGAGACCACUCAGGUAACGGUGGCUGUCAGAGGAGAAACAUCUCCAGGGGAGGUGAUUGCAGUUGUUGGUAGCUGUGAAUCCCUGGGAGGCUGGAGCCAUGAAAAAGCAGUGAUCUUACAUCCUCAUGGGAAUGAUGGAAAUACUUGGACCACAACAAUCACUGUGCCUAAAGGAGUUGUCACCAAGUACCGCUAUCUCAAAGGUUUCUUCCUUGAGUCAAAGAUUCAACAGAUGGUAGCUGACUGCCCCAGCGGGAGAUUGAGUGCAGGUGGUCCCUAUCAAGUGAUAGUCAAUAUGUGGGAGACCCAUCAACACCCGCGCACGAUGAGCCCCACAGGAUCCCACCAGAAUAUUGACGAUGGACAGUUUGGAAUUCACAACGGGGUGAAUUGUGUAGACUCUGGCUGGCUCACGUGCCAGACCGAGAUUCGCCUGCGCUUGCACUAUUCUAAGACUUCUCCGGUAUCAAUUACCAAGAAGAAAUUCAAGAAGUCACGCUUCAGAAUCAAGCUGACGUUAGAGGGGUUUGAGGAGGAGUAUGAAGAUGAGGAGGAGGAGGAAGAAGGCCAGCUUAGUCCUGCCUCUUUGCUCAGGGAGACCACCACUCUGGAGAUCAGCAUGAUUAGUGCCAACGGCUAUAAGUCCCGCCACUCGCAGCCUGAAUGUGGUAAUGCACUGGAGCCCUCCCAGUGGACCGAGUACAACAUCCACACAAUGGACCCCUACAACCUGGAGCUCACCUUUGAGUUCUUUGAGGAGGAUAUGGGUGAGCAUGUAGUCCAGGGAGAUGCACAUCCAGGAUUUGUGGGCACAGCUUGCCUCCUCUCCUCCUCUUUCGCAGAGAGCGGUAAGGACUUUGGAGUAGCCACACUUCCCAUAAUGGGCCGAAAUUCCAGACAGACCAUCGGAAAAGUCAGAGUGGAUUACCUGGUGAUGCGGCCUAUCCAGGGUUUGCAUUGUGACAUGAGCUCCUCCUUCGCCAAGUACUGGAAGAAAAGAAGUACUCUGGAUGUGGGUCACAGAGGAGCUGGCAGCACACACACAGCCAAGCACCACAGAGUUAGGGAGAACACCAUAGCCUCAUUCAAAAGCGCUGCCCAGCAUGGCGCUGCCUACGUAGAGUUUGAUGUUCACCUCUCCAAAGAUUCUGUUCCCAUCGUAUACCACGAUCUGACAUGCUGCAUUUCCACCAAGAAGAAAAAUGACAAGACUUCUCUGGAGCUUAUUGAGGUGCCAGUCAAAGACUUGACCUAUGAUCAGCUGCAGCUUCUGAAGCUGGCCCAUGCCACCGCAAUAAAAGAAAACAAUGACAAAGAUUUGCUGGAUGAUGAAGAAGAGGUUGAUGAGCAUCAGCCAUUCCCUUCACUCACACAGAUCUUCCAAGCUAUUCCUGAGAAUGUGGGCUUCAACAUUGAGCUUAAAUGGAUUUGCCAGAUGAAGGACGGGUCAUGGGAUGGCAACCUAUCCUCCUACUUCAACAUGAAUACCUACCUGGAUAUCAUCCUGUCCUGUGUCCUGCAAAGAGGCGGGAAAAGACGUAUUGUCUUCUCCUGCUUUGACCCAGAUAUCUGCACCAUGGUGCGUCAAAAGCAGAACAAGUACCCCAUCCUCUUCCUCACUCAGGGAAUUUCCAACAAGUAUCCUGAAAUGAUGGACAUCCGCUGCCAGACCACUCAGAUCGCCAUAAGUUUCGCCCAGAGUGAGAAUAUUAUGGGAAUCAGUGCCCACACUGAGGAGCUGCUGAAGAACCUUUCCUACAUUGGGGAUGCCCAGUCUAAAGGCCUGGUGGUGUUCAGCUGGGGGGAGGACAACAACGAGCACGAGACCAGGAGGAAGCUGAGGGAGCAGGGAAUCGAUGGCCUCAUCUACGAUAGCAUCUGUGAGGAGAAGGGGGAGCAACCUAACAUGUUUCAGGUAGAGGAGCAACACACUCUGCAGGAGGUGAUAACAGAGGAGACACGCAACAGCUCCACCUGUUCCUGCUACUCCAUCCCCUGCUCCAUGGCUCCCUGCGUUUCCUCCAAGGUCUGUUCUGGCGGCGGAGAGUCUGAUUCCGGCCUCAGCUCCUCUUAACUUAAGUCUUAGUGGACCAAUUUGGGAAUGGAUCAGCCAACGAAAUGACAUAUUCUGUCUUUUGUCUUGCAUGUCCACAAAUUGUAAUGUAUGCUUUCUAUUGAAAUAGGUGAAUGUUUUGCCAAAACAUUAAGACAGCCAUGUUUUUAGUUUUUUCAGGCCGAGGUCUUCAUAAUAGUGGAACAAUGGGAAAUCUUACAUGACAGUGAAUAUUUUUUAUUUGGCUAAUAUGUUGCAUCACUUCAAGUGCUCAAAUUCUCUUGCUUUUGAUUUUUUCUUUACGGCUCUAACAGAGCUGCAAAUUAAAGUCCUAAACUUUAUAAAGAUGAAGCCUAAUGCUGUUUUCUGUUUCUGCUGUGCAUGUAGCCAUUACUUUAAAAGUGUUCUUUUUAUUGUAUCGCUUAGCAAUGAGUAUUGGCUGAUUGCUAUUUCAGGUUCACCACAGAAAUCAUUUGGGAGUUAUAGGUUGUCAUUAAUGGGCACGUAGAUUAUCUACUGCGAGUUGUGAAAAGCGCUAUAUAAAUAAAAUGCAUUAUUAUUAUUAUUAUUAUUAUUAAGUAUAAGAGAAAUGAUUCAUUUAUUUCCUUUUGAGUGGACUGUCGAAAGCACUUACUCCUCCUUUCCACACUAAAUCCUUAUGUCUGUAAAUAACUCAUAGCUAUUAUUGUAAACAACAUUAUGGAUGCAGUAUAUCCUUCAUUCUUUCUACAUACUUGAUUAGAGAAAAAAACAGAUGAAUGUUUUAUUUGACAGUGCACACACACAGCCUUAAGGAAAGGAGGGGGAGAUCAGGCCUGUUUCUGGUUUUUUUUGUUUAAACCGCCAAUACCUCACUCCUCAUCUAUUAGAAUAGACUUGAGCUGAGAUGUACGUACAGAAUGAAGAAAUACUCCCUUUAUGUUCUUCUUAUAAAUUGUACUUAACUUCACCUAUGCUUUUUAUUGCACGGAAAAUAUACUUUUUUGGUGCUAACUACGCUUGAAGUGUUUCAUCAUUUGCAUAUUGAUAUGGUGUAUUAAUAUAACGCAAUGAUAAUGCAGCAUUUUGAUCACAGCAAAACAAAUCCAUGUACUGGCUGUAUAUCGUCUUGCUGUCUGUACAUGGGCACAAUCUCUUAACUACAUACAGUAAUGAUUGAGUUGUGCUUGGUCUGUAUAUCUGUAUGAAUCAAUGAGUCUAGUGUGUAAAAACUGUCAUUUCAGGGCAGAAGGGUGUAAAAGGUAUUGUAAAUAAAAUUAAAACCUAUAUUUGUUUA